AUGUCAAAUCUUCUUCUAAACUUUGCUUGGUUUCUUCUCUUGCCCGUCGCUUGUUUUGCCGAAUGGACACUGAAUUUAGAAUACAGUCUAAAUGGAUUCACCAAUAGCUACGAUCUGGGUGUGAUUGAGAUGCGACGAACGUUCGAUGGAAAUUUUACAGGAACUUUCAAACCAGCAAAAGACAAAAAUUUCGGGCAAAGAUUGCUAGAUGCUCAAGAUGACACCUAUUCGGUCAGAGCAAAGUCUUCCAGUCAGCCAGGGCAAACAUUUUUGACGACUAGCGAUCCUUGUCUCUUCCUCCACUCUAAUCUCUUCCACGUCUUCUGGAUCUCUAUCUCUCAGGACAAGCAAGAGCUCCACACGAUCACAGUGUUCCCAGAUACGGUAGCCUGGAGAAAUGACGAGGAUGGCAAAUACAACUCCCUAGGAAAAUCGUGCUCAGAGAAGUCAUCUCUUUCUGCCACGUCAUCCGGAUCCCCAAAAGGAAUCGUCCACGUCGUCGGAGAAUCCACACUGUCCACUCCAGACACAGCAGCGUUUGUUCAAAAACUGGAGAGAGAGAAACGAGCGAAACAACACGGAGCCGAUGCGGAUAAUCGGAGUUUUAUUGCUAAAUACUGGAUGUAUAUUGUACCCGUCGUUCUUUUCGCCGUCAUAUCGAGUGCUGUGAAUCCAGAUGCCGGUGCCGAGGGACAAGCUCAAUAA